AUGGUUAUGGAGUCCAUGCAACCGACCACACGAUUUUGGCCGUUAUCGCCAAGACUAUGGCGGCGGAGCAAUGAGUACUCGAAAGUGGUAUUCGAGCCUCGUAGACCGCCACUAUCGCCGAUAGAGGUCAGGAGGCAUGUUACACCAGAUUUAUUGCAAAGGAGCAUGCUAAAAGAUAGACUGGACCAUUUGAAUUUGGAAGACAACUACGACUGUGAGAAAAGAUGGAGUUGCGAUUCGAAAAAGCCUCCGAUCAAGGAGGUGAAGAGGAUCGAGGAAGUUGUGAAAUUGCGCGUGAAGAAGCAGCGCCAGCCCCGGCCUAACAGCUUGCAGUUGUUGUUGUGCCCGUCGAGCUCUGGACAUUACAGCAGUAACACCUGGAGGUACACCAGGGUGCGCUCGAAAAGCCAUGAGCCGGAAGGCGGCGGGCGGUACGGGGAGGGGGUGCUAGCGCGCGCCAUGCAACCUGCGCCCCCGGGCGGAUCGCCCAAACGCACCAAUCCGGCUAACGCUGGGACGACGGCUGAUCAGUCUACACUAAAAGUCCACCUUCCAAAUGGUGGCUUCAACGUGGUCCGCGCGUCAGCCGAAGAGGAUGUGCGGUCGGUACUACGGUUGUUGGCCUCCAGGCUAGCCACCGGGGACCGAGUGUACGCGUCGUGCUACGCGCUCAGAGCUCGGAAACUAAACACGGGCAAGAUCCGAUGGAUACACCAAGACACGCCGGUAUCAGAGCUACUGUCGCGAUGGGGCGUGGCGGAGUGGCGGCUCGAGUUGCGCGUGCGCUACCUGCCUGCCAGUCUGCGCUCGCUACAAGACGCAGACCGCGUCACCUUCCACUACUAUUACGACCAGGUUCGACACGACUACCUCAACGCCAAUCAUCCUAUUGAUCAGGAAUUGGCGAUACAAAUAUGUUGUUUAGAAAUUAAAAUCUUCUGUAAGGAUAUAGCGACAGAUAAGAAAUUUAACGUAGAAUGCUUCGAGAAGGACUUCGGUUUGCACAAGUUCCUACCAAAACCGGUGCUGGACGCCGUAAAGCCAAAGGUUCUCAAAAAAGCAAUUCAACAACAGUUCAAAAAGGUGGCACACAUGAGUGACACAGAGUGUAUGUUGAAGUAUUUGGAAACGAUGCACACGCAUUACGGAUACGACCGGGAGACGUUCACAGGUGCAUUGGGCAUCGGAUGGGCGAUACCGGUCGAACUCGCCAUCGGACCAGACAUAGACAUAUCGUACGUGUCCCACAAGGCCGGCGAGCCGCCGGAGUACUGCCGCGUGGCGUCGUUCGCUGACGUGCUGGCGCUGCACACGCUGCGCUCGCCCUGCACCAUACAACCGCCGCAGGUAACCAGCGCAUGUGUGUCAUCAUCAUCAGCCCUGCUACGUCGCCACUGAAGGGGCUCAGGCCUUCCUUAUGGAUGUUUAGGGAGGUUAGGUCAUGCUGGCCCAAUGCGGAUUGGAAGGUAUUGACGUUCGGCAUACGCAGCCGGGUUAUCCUGCCUUCCGAAGUUUUUUGGUCACACAUCCUAAUAUCUGAGAUUUAACUAAUUUUAUAGGGCAGUUAUUACAAUAUUUGGCACCCAACAUGUAACUAAUACACAAAAUAUUUAUUUUAUGUAUAAGUUACAGUUUGGGUGGUUGCCUGAACUUUGAUGAAAAUAUGCUCUGUGGGAGGGAAAAAGUAACAAAUGUUUGAAAGAUUCGUCAGUCCUGUUAAGUCACGGGUAGCUCAGUGGUUAGAGCAGUCGCUUAAUUGCGAAAGGUCGUCGAUUCGAAUCCCAUCUCAGAGUAACAGGUACGAUGUGGAUUUAUUAAACUUUUUUAAGAAUAUUUUCCAGUAUAUCAAAUAUAAUAAAUAUACAUAUAUCUGGUUCUCUUAAAAUAAUUUCAUUGUUCAAUCGGAAAAACAUCUAGUAUAAUAUAAAUUAUUUUUAAUAAUUAAUUAUUCUAUAAAAUAAUUAAUUAUUUGAAAUAUUUAAUUAUGUCAAAUAAUUAAUUAUUUGACCGUUUAUCUCAUCUUUAAAGGGAUGAAUCGCGCUUAGCACUCAUUUGUUUUUAUAGGGCGGUUCCUGCGGUAAGGCGGCGUUACAGCUGAGAGUGAAGGGAGCCUCUGAAACAUUAACGAUAACAGUCAGCAGCGUCGAGGUAAAUUUAUAAACACUAACAAUUAGUAUAAUAGCGCGUUGACCUUUGUACCCACUGAUAGUAGGUCCACUUUUCUUUGACAAAAUUGGCUAGAUCCAUCUGUGGAAUAUGUUUGCGCAAGAUUGAAAGAUAUAUGUAAUGCCGGGUCAUUGUAAUUAUACGAAAUUAUCUGUGUUCGCCGACCUGACUAUAUAAUUUACAUAGAGAACUAAUGUGGUUUCAAGAAAAAACAGAGCUUUUAUCAAAAAAAAAAAUUAAUGUCUACUAUUUUCCGUACCCCACGUUCUAGGCCAUGGUAGAUAAUGCAAAGGUUUUUUUA